AUGCAAACUUCUCCUUCUCUUCGUAAAUAUCCAAACAUUCUUUUAACAGGAACACCCGGAGUUGGUAAAACAAUUCUCUCCGAAGCUGUCAUUAACUCGCUGAAAGAAAAAUUAAAUCUCACGAACUAUGUCUACUUGAACAUUUCCGAAAUUGCAAAGAAGGAGCAAUUCCUAGAAGAAUACGAUGAAGAAAGAGAUACAUAUGUUUUGGACGAAGAUAAACUACUGGAUUACUUGGAAGAACAAUUAUCCGAUAUGGAAAAAGGUUAUAUUCUGGAUUAUCAUAGCAGUGAAUUAUUUCCUGAACGAUGGAUUGAUUAUGUGAUCGUUCUACGAUGUGAAACCAAUAUCUUGUUCCAACGAUUGCAAAAGAGAGGAUAUGCUGAUAAGAAAGUUCAAGAAAAUGUAGAUUGUGAAAUUUUCCAAGUGUGUUUGGACGAAGCUCAGGAGAGCUACAAACCGGAAAUAGUUUUUGAAAAACAAAACUGUACAAUAUUAGAUCUAAAUAAUAAUGCUGAAUUCAUUGUGGGUCUAAUUCAAAACAAGUUGCAACCAACAGCAUCUAAUUGA